AUGGCCACGCUACCUAUCCUCGAUCUAAGCUUGUUUCUUUCCAACUCACCUGAAGACAAGGCAGCGUUCGUCCACAACUUGCAAGACGCUGUUCUGAAAUAUGGAUUCUUUUACCUCAAGAAUGCACCAUCUUUGACGCCUGAACUGCAAGAUAAAGCUUUGAAACAGGCAAAGGCUUUCUUCGCCUUACCGUUGGAAGAAAAACUGAAGAUUGAAAUGAUCAAUUCUCCGCAUUUUAGAGGAUACCAGCGUUUGGGAGCGGAGACAACCAAUUUCAAACAGGACAAUCGAGAACAGAUAGACUAUGGUAUGGAGGUACCAGCUGAAAAUAUGACCGACGAAACUCCCGCAUACCUUGGCCUCAAAGGUCCAAAUCAAUGGCCAGAUGUGCCCGGAUUCAAGGAUACCAUCAAGGAAUAUAUGAAUGCUUGUUGCGAGAUCGCCAAAACGUUGAUGAGAGCCGUCGCUAUCAGUUUGGACUUGGGCGAAAACCAUUUUGCCAAGUUCGAACAUGAACCUCACGUCAGAAUGAAAGUGGUCCGCUACCCUCCUAUGGGCCACGCAACGGAUAAACCGCAUGAACAUGGUCUUGGUGUUGGACCACAUAAGGAUUAUGGAUGUUUGACUAUACUGUUGCAAGAUGAUGUUGGCGGCCUUCAAGUUCAGGGCAUGGAUGGUGUUUGGAUUGAUGCAAAGCCUUUGCCAGGAUGUCUUGUAAUCAACAUUGGCGAGAUGUUUGAACGCAUGACACAAAAGACUUAUGUUGCCACUGUCCAUAGAGUUCUCAACAACACAUCCGGCAAAGACCGAUUGUCAUUGCCAGUAUUCUUCAAUCCAAACGUUGCAACCCAAGUUCCAGUACUUCAGGUGCCUGAAUACCUACUUGCCAGCAGACCCAAGGAUGUGCAGUCAGAUGUAAAGGAGGAGCAGUUACUCCAAUACCCUGUAUAUGGUGAAAGUGCCUUUCGAGGUCUCAGCCGGAGCCAUCCCAUGGUUGCCAGCAAGUGGUAUUCAUACCAAGGAGAUGUUUGGAGGCGUAAAGUUCAAGCAACACAGUGA